GCUGCUUGCUGCUUUGUGUAUUUACGGUAAUCGGACUAGUGUCACGCCAUCAAUUUACGGGGCUGCUGGUGUCGAUGUGACGCGCAGUGAUGAACGGCAGCUCGAACCCGCCUCUGGAUAAAGAAGAGCAUGUGUUAAAGCUCGGAGAUAGUUUUGAGAAGAGGCCAAAAUCAUCUUUUCACACCAUCAGAUAUGAUUUUAAACCAGCAUCUAUUGAUACAUCCUGUGAAGGAGAAUUACAAGUUGGAAAAGGAGAUGAGGUUACCAUCACAUUACCUCACAUACCAGGCUCCACUCCACCAAUGACAGUGUUUAAGGGCAACAAAAGGCCGUAUCAGAAAGACUGCGUUCUCAUCAUCAACCAUGACACUGGAGAGUUUAUGUUGGAAAAGCUCAGCAGCAGCAUACAAGUCAAGAAAACAAGAGCUGAGGGCAGCAGUAAGAUCCAGGCUCGUAUCGAGCAGCAGUCCGUGAGAGCUAACCAGCUGACGGCACAGUUCCGCACCCCCAUCAAGCCCGGAGCGGGGGCUAAGACCUCACCAACCAAAGACAACCCUUCACCUGAGCCUCAGCUGGAUGACAUCAAACGAGAGCUGCGAGCCGAGGUGGACGUGAUUGAGCAGAUGAGCAGCAGCAGUUCCUCAGACUCUGGCAGUUGUUCUGGCAGUGGUAAUGACAGCUCCUGCAGUGACGGAGAACAGGAAACUCAUUUGUCCCCCAGCAGGAACAACAUGGCCAAUGGAAUGAACAAAUCACAAGGCAGCAACCAGCUGAUGAACACACUCCGAAAUGAUCUUCAGCUGAGUGAAUCUGGCAGUGACAGUGACAUCAACUGACCUCCUAGCUGAUGUUCAGUACUUAAAAACAUAGAUUGUGUUUCUGUUAUGUGCUUUCAUAGGUGAUAUCAGUCUUUUUGCAGUGGUUUCAUAGAUAAUAUCAGUGCUUUUGCAGUUUUAUCUUGAGCUUUUAUGGCUUCAUGUUAACAUGGAAGUGUUGAAGAAUGUGAAAUAAUUUUUAAUAGAUUUAAUUUUUAUUGCAAAGGGACAUUUUUGAAGAGGUAAGGCUGUGUAAAUCAUCAUAAUUGAGUAUUGCACCUUUGGUUGUUCAGUAUUUUCAUGAAGCUAAAAAUCUUCAGUCAACAUGUCAUGCACCUUUCCCCCCGUGUUCAGUGUUACAUACACCAACUUAAUGCAUGAUCUUUAUUCUGUCUGCUUUUGUCAUUGCCUAUGAAGUCCAAAAUAUUUUCUAGAGUUUAGACAACUCAGUGGCAGACAGCAUGUGCAAAUGAUUUUGGCACAGUUUUUUUUUUUUUUUUUGGUGACAUAAGGGUCACAACCCUUGUAAAAACCCUUGUAUGUAAAACAUUUUCAAAUACUUACUGUCAAUACUCAGUGUCUAAAAAUGAUGUGUAAGUGGUUAUCUGUAAAAGUGUAUACUGCUGGUUUACCAAAAAUAAAUUGUUUUAUUGCACUGC